GACGAGACAACACCUGGCAGCAGCCUGGAAUCUGAUUUGCUUCCUCUCGCCUUUUAUAAGAGAUAUAUUUAUAUACGGCUUUGAGGAGUCGCGAGGACCAAGCCCCAGCCAAGUGCUGGCUGUCUCCCACCUCGGCCACACUGCUUCGUUUCCCCCUCCCCACCUGCAACUGGCACCGCAAACAAGCCUUACCUCGUUGCAUCUGCGAGGAGGUAGCAACAGUGAGCCCAACCCGCCGGAGGCAGCCUAGAGGAGGGAGGGGCGUGGGGGGGGUGGCAGAGAGCCGGCCGAGGCCGCCCUUGGUGGGGGUAGUGAGGGCAGAACUGCCGUGAAGACCCGGCAGCCGCCCUCCUCCACCCCCACCCCUCCAGAAGCACCCAUUCCUGAUUAUUUGAGAACCGAAUUAUUAUUCUUCCACUAGUUUUAUUUCAUUUUUUAUUGCCCUCCCCUCCUCACUCCCCAGCCGCCCCCACCCCUACGCCUGCCUCGCCUCUGGUUGCAUGGCAGCACUGCCCGGGCGCGGGGGCUCAGAGCCGGCCCCCAGGGAAGGAGGAGGAGGAGGAGGAUCAUGAAGCCGGGAGUCGCGGCCGCGCGGGACGGCGAGCAGCAGCCAGAGGACGAGCCGGAGCAGCCCCGGCCCCGGAGACACCGGGACGCCGACCAGCAUUCACUGCCGCCACCACAGCAGCAUCGGCGGCCGCGGGCAGACUCGGAGCAAGAGGAGGAGGGCGACAACGGCCCAGAAGAGGAAGAGGAAGAGAAGGCAAGGCCACUCACCCGCCCGGAUCUGCCCUUCUCCUGGCCUUUGCCCCUCGCCCAAAGGGACCUUUGAUGGAGCCAAAGGGAAGGGGCCACGGAUUUACGGGCUGCCGCAGGGGUGGGCUGGGGGCUGAGAUCAUGUAACUACUCCUUCCUCCUGUCUCUUCCCACACGCCCCUUUUCUCUACCCCUUCUUUCUGCUCCAGGGCCUCCUGUCCCCCCUACACACACCAUUCCUCUAGCCAGGAUCUUAAUGCUCAGGAAGGAAGCUGCUCUGCGAGGGUUAAAGGAUCUCCACCCCGCCUUCUUUCCCCUUCCUCAGUCCAUUAUUUUCCCAUUUCUAUUCUCCUAAUUGGCUUUUCCCUCUUCCCUGCAGCUUUUUUGGCUGCAGAGGCAAAGCACAAGCCCCUUGCCCAAUUUCACCUGCAAACCCCCUCCCCCCCAACUGCUCUCUUAAAAGCAACUCUGGUGCUUCUGGGGAUUAAUUGCCCCAGUUUUCUGCCCAGGAGAAUUAAAACUUCUCCCAACCUCCUCUCCUCCCCACCGAACACCACCCCCCCCCCCCGCAAACCAAUCUCCUGAUACCUGAGGAAAACUAUCUUCUCACUCUGCACAUGCAGUGCUCAAUUUUUCACUGAGCUGUUUUGCCUUAAGCCCAGCUCAGUCCACUCCAAAUUUGAUUUAUAAUCUUCUCCACCCUUUUAUACAAAAGAAAAGAGAUUUUCCACUGUCUAGGAAUCUGAGAAGAACUGAAAAUAUCUUCUCCUGGGAAACUUUCUGACAACUAGAGACCUUGAUCUCAAGGCCCAAAGAGCCCUUCCUCAACAUUUUUUUUUUACCCCCCUUCCCAUGCCAGUACCCCCAAGUCAAAGGCAAAAAGGAGGAAACUACCUGAGCAAAGCUAAGGUUGGUGGGGGGGUAAGGGGGAGGCAAGAAAACCUUUUUUGUUGUUGGGCUUUCCAGGGAGAGUUCAAAAUCAGUGACUCACAGUUCUUCGUCCUGGGAACAAUUGAUUUGCUACUUUGAGGGGAUGUAAGAAAAGCCAGUGAGAAAGCAGAUCUCCCCCUUCAUAACACAGCUCUGCUGUAGACCCCCCCCCCCCCAAACCAUUCUACUAUCUUCCUCUGCAAAGACUUCGGCUGCCCCUCCUGGGCUCUCUGCUUCCACUGGGCACAUGCUGAUACCCUUGAGUGGGCUGCUCUGGUGGUGGUGGUGGAGCUGCUGCUGCUGCGCCUGGUACCGCUGUGGAUCGUGGGCCCCGGCUCCCCAGAUGUUGCGCCACCAGGGUCUCCUCAAGUGCCGCUGCCGCAUGCUCUUCAAUGACCUGAAGGUUUUCCUGCUAAGGCGCCCCCCUCCAGCGCCCCUGCCCAUGCACGGCGACCCCCAGCCCCCCAGUUUGGCGGCCAACAACAACACCCUUCCGGCUCUGGGUGCCGGGGGGUGGGCAGGCUGGAGGGGUCCUCGAGAAGGGGUGGGCAGGGAGACCACUCCUCUGCCACCUCCACCACCUUUGCCACCUUCUUCUGUGGAAGAUGACUGGGGUGGCCCAGCCACAGAGCCACCCACGUCGCUGCUCAGCAGUGCCUCCUCAGAUGACUUCUGUAAGGGGAAGGCUGAGGAUUGCUACUCACUGGGAAGCAGCCUGGACAGUGGCAUGAGGACCCCGCUCUGCCGCAUCUGCUUCCAGGGGCCAGAACAGGGGGAGCUGCUGAGCCCGUGCCGCUGUGAUGGCUCAGUCAAGUGCACGCACCAGCCCUGCCUCAUCAAGUGGAUCAGCGAGCGGGGCUGCUGGAGCUGCGAGCUGUGCUACUACAAGUACCACGUCAUUGCCAUAAGCACAAAAAAUCCUCUGCAGUGGCAGGCCAUCUCUCUGACGGUCAUUGAGAAGGUUCAGAUUGCAGCUGCCAUCUUGGGUUCCCUCUUCCUCAUCGCCAGUAUCUCUUGGCUUAUCUGGUCAACCUUCAGUCCCUCAGCAAAAUGGCAACGCCAAGACCUCCUCUUCCAGAUCUGCUAUGGGAUGUAUGGAUUCAUGGAUGUGGUGUGCAUAGGUCUCAUCGUGCACGAGGGACCCUCUGUGUACCGCAUUUUUAAACGCUGGCAGGCUGUCAACCAGCAGUGGAAAGUGCUGAACUAUGACAAGACGAAAGACCUGGAGGACCAAAAGUCGGGAGGCAGGACAAAUCCCCGGACCUCCUCAGCCACCCAGGCCAAUGCCCCCUCCUCGGAAGAGGAGGCCGGGGGCACUCCGGGCCCUGAGGAAGGCCCUGCCCGGGUGGCCAGCCACCCCUCAGGCCCUCUGUCCGAUCACCACUGUGCUUAUACCAUCCUGCACAUCUUGAGUCACUUACGACCUCAUGAACAGCGGAGCCCCCAGGGUGGGAGCCGGGAGCUCGUCAUGAGGGUCACGACAGUGUGAGACGAGAGACCUGGAAGGGAGGCCGUGACCAUGCACAGAGAUGGGAAGGCUGGGCCGGGAAGGGGCCAGGGCCUGCCGGGGCCACAGUCUGGGGAACAGGUGUGGGGAGGCCAGGGGGCACCCCAGGGGCUGGAACAGAGGGCAGGCAGAGGGCAGUGGGCCUUGAGGGGGGCCUGCAUGGCAGGGUCAGAGCUGGAGUGAGUGAGGCUGGUGGCCAGUCAGUCGAGCCUAAUCUCCCAGAAGAGCAAGGAACUCCAGGACAGACUCAACAAGGAAGUACGAUCCAGCUGGAAACGAAAGGAAACACAAGGACAACAAUCCCAGACGUGCCCAUGCACACAGCACCUGGGCGAAGAGGGGGCUGGGGAGGGCGAAGCUGGGGAGUUGUUGGUGGUCAUGCCCUGUGGGCAUGAGGGCUGGGGAGGAACAAUGCAAAGGGUGCACGAAGGAAAGGCACUGUGGCCUGCCUGCCUUGUUUCCCCCUUGAGUUUGCUUUUGUUUCUCCUAGGGCUGUGUUUGGGGCCGUGGUGGGGAGGGAGAGGGAUGGGUGUGGGCUGGCAAGGAUGACAGGCAGUAUUGGUGGCCUCUGGGCUCAUCUGGGUAGGCAGGAUUCCUGACUCAGAUGGCUUUAGGGACUCUGGGGCCAUGUGCAGGGAGGGAGAUGCUGGAGCGAGCCCCCAGAGGGAGGGUGAAUUUUGGCUUCUCCCAAUUUCAGAGGGGCUCAAAGGGGGCUUAGGUUUGGAGAUGGGUGUCUUUUUGUGCCCUUGUUGCUUUAUUUUAUGGUGGUUUGGCUCAAAGAUGUUUACAAGAAACACACACACACACAACUAGAGAAAAGUACAGGUUUCCCGUGGGUAUCUCAAGCACAGUCCUGCUGUGGCUUCUGCCUUCAAAGUUGUCAAUCCAGGAGUGACUUUCCCAACUACCCAACCCUGCCCAUGGCCAGGACACGCUCAAUAUCAUGCCUUCUCCUGCUUUGGCGCAUGCAGAGACCCAGGGCCCCCAAGGGCAGAGCACCUCCCACCCAGGAUAGCUGCUACAACAGAUGGGAGGAAGUUGGCUGGACAUGCCCCAAGGAGUGGAGUGGAGACCAAUCUAAGUAUUCCUUGUAACUUGGGACCCUCCCCGGAGGGCGGUCAUCCCUCAGUGCUACAAACUCCCUGGUCCCUCCCAUGUAGCUAGGUAGGGUGCAGGGACCCUAGCAAGGAGCACUGCCCUUGAGCCCACCUGCCAGUUCCUGGGACCUUGCCAGGAAGGCCAUGGGGGGUGGUCACCUGCAGAAUUUCUCAUUGUCAAUGCACAAUGGCCGCGCCAUCCAUGGGUAUUAAAGGGACACUGUCAAGUACUUUUUUAAACUAGUUUUUAGGGUUUUUUAAAACUCUCUGUUGUUUGUAUUAUUCUCUUAAAAGC